AUGGCCACGCGGGAAGAAGGAGAGGCGGCACACGGCAAAGCGAGGCACCACGACGGAGGCGCGAGAGUAAACAGCUCGGAGGGCUUCAGGAACGGCUACGUAAAGAGCUGCGUCACCCCCCUCAAACAGGACCAGCACGGGGGAUUUUGGUUCAACGUGUGCAGGUUUUGCGGCAAAGAGUCCCAACUUGUCAAGGUCUCUGCCCUUUACGUCGGCGCCGUUGUCGUCCUGGCGCUGUCUUUCCUUCUGUCCCGGAGCUCGCAAAGUGACCCGCGUUGGGAUUUGCGGACCUUGUUGUCGGGCUUUUCGCAGUCCGCCAGUCCUCUCUUCAGCAUCGGCUGUGCCUUCUUCUUCCUCACCUUCUACCUGCGGAGGAGACGGAAGGAGGGUGGUCAAUGGUGGCUGCUGUCACUGCCAGCGUCGUGCUAUCUCGGGGACUUCGCCGUGCUGCGCUUCUUGCAAUGGGGAGAGGAGCAGCACCAGAUACAAAUGGUCGGCAGGUUGUUGUUCGUGUUGGGAUGCGUGGGUUUACUCACGCUCGUCCCCACGCUGAAACUCAAACACAGCGUGCUCGUACUGCUCUUUGCCAGCCUGGUGUGGCUGCUCUCUUUCACCAGCUUAGGCGGACUGCCCGCGCUGCUCAGACCGCUGCUCGCCUGCGUCGCUGGGCUCUGCGGCUCCUUGCUGGGGCUCGGCUUCGACCGCUGCUACCCGCCGAGGGACGCUGUGAGCGGGGGCGCCUGCACGGAGGAGAAGGUCCCGGUGAUCAGAGCCAGGAGACGCUCCAGUUGUGUUUCUCUGGGGGAAACGUCAAGCAGCUAUUACGGCAGCUGUAAAAUGCCCCGGAGACCGUCGUUGCCCUGCAUAUCCAGAGAGCAGAUGAUCCUGUGGGACUGGGAUCUGAAACACUGGUACAAACCUCAGUAUCAGGGUGCGGCGAGCGGCAAUGGCGUUGACCUGUCAGUCAUCAACGAGGCCAGAAACCUGCUUUCUGAGCUGCUGAUGGAUUCGUCCUUGUCGCCUCACACCAUCUCCACUCUGCACAGCAUCUCCAGCCUCAUGGGCACGUUUUCAGGCUCGUGUCGCCCCCGGGUGAACCCUUUCACGCCUUUUCCUGGAUUCUACCCCUGUGAUGAGUUGGACGACACUGUCGAGAGGAACGAUCGCAAAUCCAUUAAGGGGUUGAGUAGCAGAAACAGCCUCCCGACUCCUCAGCCCAGGCGUAGUUCCACCUCCUCUUCUGUGCUGCCUUCACUUGACUCUCUUUCAUCACGGUGGGACCGCAACAAUGGCAAGAGAUCCCACCCUGACCUUAACAUGGCUAGCUCAGGUCUUUCUAAUGGGCCAAAUGCAAACCUGCUUACCAUUCCCAAGCAGAGGUCUUCUUCUGUCACCCUCACGUACCAUGCAGGUUCCAGAAGAGCAGGCACAUCUCCUAGCCUGAGUCCCCUCACCUCUCCCAGCCACAGUCCUCCAAGUGUAGCCACAGGUUCUUCAUUGUCCCUGGUCACCCGAUCGCCUGUAGAGUUUCCAGACACAGCAGACUUCCUGACAAAGCCUAGUGUCAAUCUGAACUUGCACAAGCAUUUGGGCUACCCACUCAGCUCAUGUGACUUCCAGCAGGCAUUCCGUAGCACCGUUUUACCUCUUUGCACCAGCUGCGGGCGUCAGAUGCCAAAGGGAGUUUCCAGUGGCGAUUCAGGAGAAGUCCAUCAGCCGCUCCUGAGCGAGGCCCAACGCAGGCGCUCAGCAUCAGGUGAAGGGCCGGAUUUCCCAGUAGAGCCUUUAAUCAGGGAGGAGAGCGUGGAGGUGAACUUGUCUGCAGAGUCCUGCACCACAGGGGAUCAGGGUCAAACACAGGAGCAGCGCUCAGGCACAGAGCAGCAGACUCAGGAAUUAGAGUGUGAUCAGGAGUUCCGACUAGACGCGAUGCUGGAAGACCAUGAAGCCCUCAUGGAGAGGAUGAACACCUGGAACUUCCAGAUCUUUGACCUGGUGGACAAAACAGGAGGAAAGACAGGACGAAUACUCAGCUAUGUGACUUACACCCUUUUCCAGGAUACGUGUCUGUUUGAAAUUUUCAAGAUCCCUGUGAGGGAGUUCAUGACAUACUUCUUUGCUCUGGAAAAUGGCUACAGGGACAUUCCCUAUCAUAACCGGGUCCAUGCUACUGAUGUGCUCCAUGCUGUCUGGUACUUAACCACUCGACCCAUCCCUGGGUUCCAGCAGAUCCACAAUGAGCAUGUGACCGGAAGUGACACAGACUCAGACAGUGGGAUUUCGCCUGGCAGGAUAUCAUACGCCUCCUCGAAAAGCUCCUCCAUAUCAGAUGACAGCUACGGCUGCCUGGCCUGGAACAUCCCAGCUCUGGAGCUCAUGGCCCUUUAUGUAGCAGCUGCAAUGCACGAUUACGACCACCCCGGUCGAACUAAUGCCUUUUUAGUUGCCACUAACGCACCUCAGGCGGUGUUGUACAACGACCGCUCCGUGUUGGAGAACCACCACGCUGCGUCAGCCUGGAGCCUCUACCUGUCCCGGCCGGAGUUCAACUUCCUAGUCAAUCUGGAUCAUGUGGAGUUUAAGCGUUUUCGCUUCCUUGUCAUUGAGGCCAUUCUAGCCACAGACUUAAAGAAGCACUUUGACUUCCUGGCAGAGUUCAAUUCCAAGGUCAAUGAUGUAAACAGUCCAGGAAUUGACUGGACGAAUGAGAAUGACAGACUGCUGGUGUGCCAAAUGUGUAUCAAGUUGGCAGACAUCAAUGGACCAGCCAAAGUCCGCGACCUUCACCUGAAGUGGACGGAAGGCAUUGUCAAUGAGUUUUAUGAGCAGGGCGAUGAAGAAGGGAGGCUGGGAUUACCCAUCAGCCCCUUCAUGGACCGCUCCUCCCCACAGUUGGCCAAGCUGCAGGAGUCCUUCAUCACACACAUAGUUGGACCACUCUGUAACUCCUACGACGCCGCAGGUUUACUCCCUGGCCGCUGGGUCCAUGGAGACGGAUCGGAUGAAGAUGACGAGGGGCGGGUUGACUCCGACACUGAUGAUGAGGAAGAGGAUGAAGAGAUGGAGGAAGAUCUGCGGCCAAAAAGGAGUAAGAGCCACCGGCAGUUAUUUUGCAGCAUCAUGCAGCACCUGACCGAGAACCACAAAGUGUGGAAGAAGAAAAUCGAAGAGGAAGAUAAAGACAGAGAUGGUGGCAAGCCGCCUGACGGCUCGCCGGCCAGCCUUCCCAUUUCACCAUCAGAUGACAUUCAGGUCAUCCAGGAGGAGGAGGAAGGGGAGUAACGUGUGUCGCAGCGUGACACAAGGAAUGAACACGUGUGGAGAAGAAGACGUUCUUUACCCAACAGCCUUGUACACACACACACACACACACACACACACACACACACACACACACACACACACACACACACACA